CACCACAGUCGCAACCACAACGUCCACAACAGUUUCAAGGACCUCGACCAGCACAGGCACCACAGUCGCAACCACAACGUCCACAACAGUUUCAAGGACCUCGACCAGCACAGGCACCACCAUCGCAACCACAACGUCAACAACAAUUUCGAGGACCUCGACCAGUACAGACACCAUCAUCGCAACCACAACGUCCACAACAAUUUCGAGGACCUCGACCAGCACAUGCACCAUCAUCGCAACCACCACGUCAACAACAAUUUCGAGGACCUCGACCAGCACAUGCAUCAUCAUCGCAAUCGCAAGUUGAACAAGUAACGGGUGGAAUGAGAAACUUGACAACAGGGUCAGGUGUACCAGAAUUUGUUAAGUUAAAAACAAAUUAUUUUCCAAUAACAUCUUACACAGAUUGGACCUUGUAUCAGUAUCAAGUAGAAUUUCAACCAGACUGUGAAGUGAAACGCAUCAAUAGCGCGCUAUUGAGGGUACACCAACAAGUUUUAGGAUCAUACAUUUUUGAUGGACAAAUGUUGUAUAGUAGCACAAAAUAUAAAAAAAAUCCUAAAGUGUUGUCAUCAAACCGAUAUGAUAACCAAAUAAUAUCAAUUAAAAUAAGAUUUACUAAAGUUGUUGAUAAGGAAAGUAAUACCAUGAUACAAUUGUUAAAUAUAUUGUUACGAAAAUGCAUCAGAAGUUUAAGCCUACAACAAGUUGGAAGACAUUACUAUGACGAACAAAGAAAAGUUACUUUUCCUAUUUACAACUUAGAACUUUGGCCCGGUUAUGAAACAACUAUUGGAGAAUUUGAUGGUGGUCUAUUAUUGCGAUCUGAAAUUUCAACAAAAAUUAUGAGGACAGAUACUGUUUACGAUUUUUUGGUACAAUGUGGACAAAAUAGAAACAGAAAUCUCAAUUGGAUGGAGGAAUUUAAAAGUGUUGUCAUGGGAAGUGUGGUUCUAACAAGAUAUAAUAAUCGGACCUACAAAAUUUAUGAAGUAAAAGAAAACAUGAGAAUAACUUCAGAAUUUUAUAAAAAAGAUGGAUCAACAAUAACAUAUGAAAACUAUUAUAGAGAAAAAUAUCAAAUAACCGACCUCAACAAAACUCAGCCAAUGUUGUUAUCGAUAAACAAUAAAGCUAAAGACGAAGAAACUAAGUUUGUGUACUUAGUUCCUCAAUUAUGUAAUUUUACUGGACUAAAUGAUGAACUAAGGAAAAAUACUUCACUCACGAGAGACAUCGCAUAUCAUACAAAACUGAAUUCCACUGCAAGAGUUAGUAAAUAUAAUGAUUUUAUAGAACGGGUUCUUAAUACAUCCGAGUCUAAAGAAUUAUUAAACAAAUGGAAUUUAACAUUGAGUAAUAAACUCAUUCAACUUAAUGGUCGUAUAUUAAAACAAGAAAUGAUAAAAGGAAAUCAAAGGGAAUGUUCAUAUGGACAUGAUGCUAAUUGGACUAAAAACUUACAUAAUUUACCCAUGUAUAGAACUGUUAUUUUAAAAAAAUGGUUAGUAAUAUUUCAAUCCGACAAUAAGUCUGCAGUUGAAGAAUUUGUCUCUACUUUACGUAAUGUAGCAAAAGGCUUGAAUUUUGAUUUGCCACAGCCAAUAAUAAAUGAAUUUAAUUUUAAAACUAAUUUAGAAGCAAUUCAAAAAAACUUAGAGACCAUACUAAAUACAGAGAAUCCAUCAUUUAUUUUAUGUGUCGUUCCAAAUGUGCGUGAAGAUGUUUACUGUACCAUAAAAAAAAAACUGUGUAAUGAUAGAGGAGUAUUAUCACAAGUUGUGGUAUUGAAAAAUGUAAUGAAGAGAAAUAUGUCGGUGUGUACCAAAAUUGUCAUACAAAUUAAUUGUAAACUAAAUGGAGCCCCAUGGCGUGUCGAUAUCCCUGGACCUGCAAAUUCAAUGAUGAUAAUUGGAUAUGACGUCUGUCACGAUACGGUAAAUAAAAGUAAAUCUUAUGGCGCAUUCAUAGCCACAAUGGACACAUGUUUCACUUCUUUCUUCAGCUGUGUUCAAAAACAUACUAGUGGACAGGAACUUUCAACCUUUUUUUCAGUUAAUACUAUGAAGGCUUUAAACAAAUUUAGAUUUAAAAAUAAUAAACUUCCCGAUAUUAUCAUUAUAUACAGAGAUGGUGUAGGAGAUGGGCAGAUAGAAUAUGUCCAGAAAACUGAAGUUGAUCAGGUUAAGGAAGCUUGUAAAGAAAUCUACAAAGAUCAAAAAGUUGGCUUGGCAUUUGUUAUAGUUAAAAAACGUAUCAACACAAAAUUUUUUAAAUUUGAAGGUGAAAUACAUGAAAAUCCACAACCUGGAACAGUUGUUGAUUCUACAGUCACUGACCCGAGUGACCCGAGUGACCCGACAAUAUACGAUUUCUAUCUGGUCUCUCAACAUACAGCACAGGGUACAGUCACACCAACUCACUAUAAGGUCAUUUUUAAUAGUCUAAGUGAAACUAUUCCACUUUCACCGAUACAAAUACAAAGGAUUACCUAUAAGUUAACACACUUGUACUACAAUUGGUCGGGCACAAUAAGAGUUCCUGCUCCAUGUCAUCUGGCACACAGAUUGGCAUUUAUGGCUGCAAAGACACUCAGGAGUCCUGUUAAUCCUGCUUUGGAAGACUUUCUAUUUUAUUUAUAGGUUUUUUACCGGUCUCGGGAUAUAGACUUAAAUUUAAUACAUUUUACAUUAGUAUAAAUAUUGUUUUUUCUUAUAAAUCUUUCAAAAUCUUUUUG